AGCUACACUGUCGACGGUGUAAGCCAGAGUCACUUAUAUUUUAUAUAAAUAUUGUAUUUAGAACUAGAAAUCUAGGACUACAAUGUCUUUUCCUCUGGAUUUAAUUACGGCAGCUUAUGCUGCUACUAUAGCUGCUGGUGGCAUAGUUGGAUAUGUAAAGGCUGGUAGUGUUCCCUCUUUAGCCAUGGGUGUUGCUUGCGGUACACUGAUGAUGUUUGGAGCAUUUCAGAUGGGCCAAGAACCCAAAAAUGUCACAUUAUCCUUAGUGACUUCUGCUGUUCUAACUGGUGUCAUGGGAUACCGUUUUUCUAACAGUGGUAAAUUCAUGCCAGCUGGUUUAGUUGGUGCAUUGAGUUUAUUGAUGGUUCUGAGGCUCACCUAUAAAGUUAUGACAAACUAACUCCUCAAGUGUGAAAAUCCUAAAAGUUAUACUUUUGCAAAUUUGUUUAAUGUUUUUAUCAUUAAAUGUAUGUUGAACUGUUUUCUGGUCUAUUGAAUAGCUACAGAGUUUUGAAUGGCUUAGAUGUAUGUUAUUGAAAUGAAUUUUUUAACUUUUUGUGAGAAGUGAGAUCCAAAUGUAUGGAAAACUGGUAAUCGCUUCUCAAUUCAAAAAAUAAAUAAACAGAGAUCAUUUUAAUUUUUCA